AUGGCGCCCAGAAUUCUGCUAUGCGGCGAUCCUCUUGGACGUCUCAGUCAGCUCUUCAAGCGUGUUCAAUCGGUCUUUCUCUCUCUCUCUCUCUCCCAGUAUCUAUCUCAUUCUGAUUCUGUAUCUCCUAGGUUUUUAAUCCAAGUCCAAUUUCUGCAGGUUAGCAAAUCGGCAGGUCCAUUUGACGCUCUUCUUUGCGUCGGCCAGUUUUUCCCCGAUUCUCCGGAGCUUCUAGACGAGUUUUUGGAUUACAUCGAAGGCCGAGCUCAGGUCCCGAUCCCUACUUACUUCACCGGCGACUACGGCGUCGCCGCCCCCAAAAUCCUAUCGGCGACAUCGAGGAAAGCUGAGAAUCAAGGGUUUAAGAUGGACGGGCUCGAGGUUUCCAACAAUUUGUUUUGGUUAAGAGGAAGUGGGAAGUUCUCUCUUCAAGGUCUGUCUGUUGUUUACUUAUCUGGUAGGCAAUCAUCUGAUAGCCAGUUUGGGAAAUACAGUCAAGAUGACGUUGAUGCUCUUCGUGCACUCGCUGAAGAAUCUGGAGUGAGAGCUGCGGAAUCCGAUAUUCCUGCAGACGUUUCUGAUUCCUCUUGUAGUGAUUUCACAGUUUCUGAAUUGGUAAAAGAAGUCAAACCUCGCUAUCACAUUGCAGGUUCUAUGGGGGUGUUUUAUGCCCGUGAACCUUACCUAAACGCUGAUUCAAAUCAUGUAACUCGCUUUCUUGGUCUUGCUCAUGUUGGAAACAAAAACAAACAGAAGUUUCUUCAUGCGCUCUCUCCUACACCAACGUCUAUCAUGUCACCGUCAGAGCUUGGUGCAAAGCCUCCAAACACUACACUGUGUCCUUAUAAUUUAAAAGAGGGAGCUACUGAGUCCAAGAAGAGGUCAAUCGAAAGUGACUCUGACUCACAGUAUUGGAGGUAUGAUGUCUCAAAGCGGCAAAAGAAUGGAUCUGAAGGGGAAAAGCUCUGUUUCAAAUUUGUAUGCUCAGGGUCCUGUCCUCGUGGGGAAAGUUGCCAUUUCCAACACAACGCUGAAGCAAGAGAGCAGUGUCGCAGAGGUGUUUGUCUUGAUCUUAUUAUCAAAGGUAAGUGUGAAAAGGGCCCAGAGUGCAGCUACAAGCAUGAGUUUCAAGAUGAAAAUAUACAGAGGAAGCCCAGAUCUGAAAAUGCUAACAGGUCGAGAGAAUGCUGGUUUUGUCUAUCAAGCCCUAGUGUUGAGUCACAUUUGAUCGUCAGUGUCGGGGAAAGUUUCUAUUGUGCUCUACCCAAAGGUUCACUAGUCGACGACCACAUAUUGAUAAUCCCGAUCGAACAUUUGCCCAAUACUCUGGUUUUAUCGCCUGAAGGUGAAUCAGAGCUCGGUAAAUACAAAAAUGGUCUGAGAAAUUGUUAUCAGAGUCAAGGAAAUGAUGCUGUCUUCUUUGAACUGGUCUCUAAACGUGUUUCUCAUGCUAACCUCCAGGUUGUUCCUGUUCCAUCAUCCAGAGCUCGUCUUCUUCCUAAUAUCUUUAGUCUGGCGGCUGAAAAGCUGGGCUUUAAGCUUGUGACAAAAAAGUUUAGUGAUAGUUCUGAUGGCAGAAAAUAUCUACAGAAGGAAUACGAUGCAGCUUUGGGGCUCUUCUAUGUGGAACUUCCUGAUGGAACUGUGUUAUCACACACCCUGGAAGAGAACGAAGUGUUCCCUGCACAAUUUGGACGUGAGGUUCUAGCAGGGUUGCUAAAGAUCCCAGACAGGGCCGACUGGAGAAACUGUAAGAUUAGCCAAGAAGGAGAGGCAAAGCUGGCUGAAGAAUUCAAGAAACAGUUUCAAGAAUUUGACCCUUGUCAAUAA